CCCCCCCUCCUUUGGGUCACCUUUACUCCCUCCUAUUUGUAUUCUCUUGCGUCCUCUAUCUUCUUCAUCUGCUGUCGUUCGAUAUCCUUUGCUUCAAGCUCUUCAAGCUUGGCACCGCAUCGGCAGGCUUAAGCCACUUCCGCCCUUUCCGUUCCAGCCGAUCGCUUGACCAAGGUUUACUCUACUUUUUACAGAAAUACUCUCAUCAGCCUGUGCUGGUCUCUCGGUGAGGAGCUAAAGAACGAACAUAUACAGCGCAAAUACCUCAGCGCAAGAAUACUGUAUUGAAUAACGAUGUGGAUCAUCUCAUUCUGGGUUUUCCCGGUCGUCUCAGCAUGCACCUGGAUCGCCAUGCUAAUCGCUAUGCUGGCAACCUGGGCUCGAGAAGGUAGCCCUAUUUACGAAAGUAUGGAAUCCGGUCAGACCAUAGCUUAUAUCUCAGACGUCGGCGCACAGGGUCUCAAGCCAUUGUUCAUCGCAGGGAGCUGCGUAACCGUCGUCUUCCUCGACCUCUCUUUCCUUUCUGAACGAUGGCUUCGACACGCCGGCCAGUUAGUACCCAACAAGGGCCUCUUCGAUAAGUGCUGCGCGAUCGCCUCGAUCUGCUUCUCCGUCGCCGGCGCGUUAGGGCUAAUCCUGCUCUCAAUUUACGAUACCUUGCGGCAUCCGCACAUGCAUGAUGGGUUCCUGGUGAUGUUUCUGGUCGGCUACCUCAUCAGCGCGAUCCUCAUCUGCUGCGAAUACUGGCGCUUGGGCAUCUUCUACCGCUCUCAACAUCGCAUUCUCCUGGCCAGUUUCUGCGUCAAGCUCGCUUUUGUGAUCAUCGAGAUUGCUCUAGCGAUCGCAUUUGGGGUUCUAGGCCGAAAAGGCGGGCAUUAUCGCAAUACCGCUGCGGUUUUGGAAUGGGUGAUCGCUUUGAUUUUCACAUUCUAUGUCCUAUCCUUCGUGAUCGAUUUACUACCAUCUGUCCGUACUCGGAAACACGUACCGCAGGGCGAGAAGUUGAUCCGGAACGGACACGCCUAUGCCAGCAACAGCAGCGACGGAGGGACGUACGAGGAGCCCGUCACGACAGAUUCGGCGGGACCGAAUGCCAGUUACUACCGCGGCCAGCGAAUAUAAUAAAGGACCCCGUCAUUAUUUCCCGAGCGGCCUAGGGACAAGAAUUGCUUUUUGAUUGUUCAUUGCACAUAUAAAGUCACACAUGUGAGACGAGGCGAUAAUAUCUACGAUACCCUGUGGGUCCUUUUGUUCUUUAGAGUCUGAUUUCUUGUUCUGUCAUUAUAUCUCAACCUUGGUUAUUGUAAUAGGGUCAAUUUUGGGUGGGAGUCCAUUUGUUCUGCCUACCCGAGUUUUGCCGGUCCUUGUUGGAUACAAAGCAAAGAAUGGAGCAAGUCG